CCAGUUGAUCAGUUCAUGCGUGAAUCACCGCAUUAUGUUUUUCAGCGUAACCUUAAUUUCGUGAAUCUUUUAUAAUCAUCUCGAAAUACAUCAAAUAAUUCCUGAAAUACGCAACAGAAUACUUGUGAAGUUGUACUUUCUAUUAUUUUACAUUCUUUAUAUUUUCUUGUGUUUACAAUGGAAAAAGUAAGAAAAAUGUCCACAGAGGAAAGCCUGCGCUUCAUCAGGCAAUCAUUGAAAUCGGAUGAAAUGGAUCAUCUUGAGGGUAUCCAUUUCGAUAGAUUGUACCCUCACGUGUUUGUUACCUUUGGAGCUUCUGGUGAUUUAGCGAGGAAGAAAAUCUACCCAACGCUAUGGUGGCUGUUCAGAGACAAUCUUUUACCAAAACCCACCACAUUCUUCGGUUACGCGCGCACAAACCUGACUGUAGAUCAAUUAAGAGAAAAGUGUCAUCCAUACAUGAAAGUGAAACCAGAUGAGCAGGAAAAAUACGAGGAGUUUUGGAAACUGAAUCACUAUGUCGCUGGUACGUACGAUUCACAGAAAGGAUUUGAAGUGUUGAACAAUGAGCUGAAGAAAUACGAACAAAACUAUCAAAUCACUCACAGACUGUUCUACCUGGCCUUGCCGCCGAGCGUUUUUGAAAGCGUAACCAUACACAUUAGAAACGUUUGUAUGAGUGAGAAAGGCUGGACCAGAGUGAUUAUAGAGAAACCAUUUGGUCGUGACACAAUUACGUCACAGUAUCUAUCCGAUCACCUAGCGUCGUUAUUUAAAGAAGAUCAGAUUUACCGUAUCGACCAUUAUCUAGGCAAAGAAAUGGUUCAAAAUCUGAUGACUCUGAGAUUUGGUAAUCGAGUAUUUGGUCCAACCUGGAACAGGGAUAACAUUGCUUCUAUACAAAUUACAUUUAAAGAACCGUUUGGUACACAAGGAAGAGGCGGCUACUUCGAUGAAUUCGGUAUCAUUAGGGAUGUCAUGCAGAAUCAUUUGUUGCAAAUCCUAUCGUUGGUUGCGAUGGAGAAGCCGGUGUCUUGUCAUCCAGAUGACAUCCGAGACGAGAAGGUAAAAGUGCUGAAGUGCAUAAAGUCUUUGGAGUUGGAGAAUGUUGUGUUAGGUCAAUAUGUUGGUAAUCCUGAAUCGACUGAUCCUGAUGCUCGACUUGGUUAUUUGGAUGAUUCAACUGUACCGGCUGGUUCUAAUACCCCCACAUUCGCUCUCGCCGUGUUAAGAAUUAAUAACGAACGAUGGGACGGUGUUCCGUUUAUCCUCAAGUGUGGGAAAGCGUUAAAUGAACGAAAAGCAGAAGUUAGAAUACAAUAUCAGGAUGUAUCUGGUGAUAUAUUCGAUGGAAAAGCGAAGAGGAAUGAAUUGGUAAUUAGAGUACAACCAGGUGAAGCGUUGUAUAUUAAAAUGAUGACGAAGUCGCCUGGUAUCGCAUUCGACAUGGAGGAAACGGAGUUAGACCUUACGUAUGGUUACAGGUACAAGGGCCUAAAACUCCCGGACGCGUAUGAACGAUUAAUUUUGGACGUAUUUUGUGGCUCGCAAAUGCAUUUUGUACGUAACGAUGAACUUUCGGAAGCGUGGAGAAUUUUCACGCCUCUGCUUCAUCGAAUAGAAAAUGAAAAGAUCAAACCAGUUCCAUAUAGUUAUGGUUCACGAGGACCUAAAGAAGCCGAUGAAAUGGCGAAGACAAAUAACUUCAACUAUUACGGUUCGUACAAAUGGGCGAGACACUAAGAUUUUUGUAACAUUAGUACUGUAAAAUAUAUACAUGUACUAUACAGAUCGAAAAAAACUAUACCACAAAUCAUCAUCUAUAAUCAUUCCACAUAUCGUACAUUAAGAUGUGUACGGUAAUUUCCGAAAUUUUAUACACACAUUGUAACUAAUUUAUGCACUUAAUUUAUUAAAAAGUUGAAUUUAUCUAUUUUUUGAAGCAGCCUUUAAGUGAUAUAUAUAUAAAAUAUAUUCUACUAGUUAAAGAGUGUGCAGAUAUUAUUAUAUGUAUUUGAAAGAUUUCAAACAUAUGGCUAAUAUUUAUAUCAGAAGUACCUAUGAAUAAAAUGUGAUUGUUUCAUUUUUAAACAUAUAUCAUUCCAGGAAACAAUUUAUAGUAGAUAUAUAAUGUUAUAUGUAUAUAUUAUAUAUAUAUUUUUAUACAACAAAUUUAGCAAUUUGUAGAUAACUCUUUAAAAACUUUUCCAACCAUUUAAAAAUUACAACUUGUAUGUAGACCAUAAUUUUAUUUUACUUUUGACGAUUUAAACAUGACGCCAAUCACAUGAAAUAUCCUGUACAGUAAAUAAAAUAACAUAAAUUAUGUGGUA